CGCGGCUGGCUGGCGGGCGGCAGGUUCGCGCUGUGCCGGCCGUUUAGGGCCGACUCGUGUGGGCCGAAGAGGGCGCGGAGCUCCGGCGCUCCGGGCUCGCCCGUGCCGCUGUUGCCUAUGGCGUUUCUGAGGUGACGCUGCCCGCACCGACUUUGUCCGGUCGGAGGCGACACCUAUGAACCCGUCGGCGACCUUCCUCGCCGUGCGCCAGAACACGGGGUCAGAAGUUGAGAAUACUACUAUCGAGAAACAAAGGAAGGAACUGCAGCUGCUCAUUGGAGAAUUAAAAGACCGAGAUAAAGAGCUCAAUGAUAUGGUUGCUGUACAUCAAAGACAGCUGCUUUCAUGGGAAGAAGAUCGGCAGAAAGUGUUGACUCUGGAAGAACGUUGCAGCAAAUUAGAAGGUGAACUGCAGAAAAGAUCAGAAAUUAUCAAGUCACUGAUGAGGAAGGUUAAAGUCCUGGAAUCUAAUCAGAGCGAAUGUCAGUCGACCCUUCGGAAGACGCAGCUCCAGCUCCAGGAGAUGAUCCAGAAAGCCACGCACUCCUCGCUCCUCUCUGAGGACCUAGAGGCUAGAAAUGAGAAUCUCAGCAACACAUUAGUGGAACUUUCUGCUCAAGUAGGACAAUUACAAGCUAGAGAACAGGCUCUCACCACAAUGAUAAAGCUAAAGGACAAAGAUAUAAUUGAGGCAGUCAAUCACAUUGCAGAUUGCUCGGGUAAAUUUAAAUUACUAGAACAUGCUUUACGUGAUGCUAAGAUGGUAGAGACCUGUAUUGUGAAAGAAAAGCAAGAUUACAAGCAGAAGCUGAGAACUCUUAAGAUUGAAGUCCAUAAGCUGAAAGAGGACCUAAAUGAAAAGACAACAGAAAAUAAUGAACAGCGAGAAGAGAUUAUUCGCCUCAAGCAAGAGAAAAGUUGCCUGCAUGAUGAAUUGAUUUUUACCGUAGAGAGAGAAAAGAGGAAAGAUGAGUUACUGGAUAUUGCAAAGUCCAAGCAAGAACGUACAAACUCUGAACUGCAUAAUCUGAGACAGAUUUAUGUGAAACAACAGAGUGACCUGCAGUUUCUUAAUUUCAAUGUGGAAAAUUCUCAGGAAUUGAUCCAGUUUUAUGACGCAAAGAUGGAGGAGUCAAAAGCCCUAGAAUCCAGCAGAGACAUGUCUUUAUCUGACCUCGAAAAUAACUACUCAAAAAUCGAUAUUAAGAGAGACAAAUGUAAGAAGUCACUGGUUAAGGAUCAAAAAUUCGAGGCCAUUUUGGCUCAACAAAAGGCAGACAAAAACUCUUGUGAUGUGUGCAAAGAGAAGAAGCUGCAGAUAAAUAGUGCAGCUGGAGAAAAAAAGAUAUUUACGCUCUCAUCUGUGCUUACCAAAGACCUAGUGGGCAAGCACAAGUGUUGGUCUUUGGGUGGAAAAAUCCAGAUUGAACCUGAAAACAAAGUUGCAUUGUGCAAGAUGCAUGCACGAUCCCUGAGAGAUCAUGAAUUUGGGGUUCUAAAUGAAGAGAAGCAGCUCUCGGAAGUGUCGCUGCCUGAUGAAAAGCAGUGGCAGGACAUUGGUGUUUACCUGGGCCUGGCCAGCUGUUCUGACUCUCGAGAGCCCGAGCGGCUAGAUGUGGACUGUCAGGACCCGACAGACAGAUCGGAUGCCUCCUGUGGCCCAAAAGACAAUGGAUGUCUGGCUGAGAGCAACCUGUGCAUAUCCAAGUGCUGCCACCCAAGUAACUUGAUCAUCGAGGCCCCGGGCCACAUGUCUGAUGCCGAGUGGAUGAACAUCUUCAAGCCAGGCAGAGGGCACAGGAUUGUCCGCCACAAAACCGUGUGCGCGUGUGCAGGCAGCCUCGGCGGAACCAAGUAUAAUUCUUCCUCCACAAGUGAACUCAUUGCCCUCCAGCAUUCCCACUCUUUGGAUUCUUCAAAAUGUGCCGGAAGAGAGGAUGAGAGCGAAGUCCCACCUGAGAAAAAGAACUUGUCCAAGGCUUUGUUCCUCAGCAAAGACGGCACACUGUCUGGAGAGAAGGAUGACUUUUCGCCCACAAGUAAGCUUCAGCGGCUGCUGGCAGAAUCCAGGCAGAUGGUCACAGAUCUGGAACUGAGCACGCUGCUGCCCCUCAGCUGUGAGACCCACACCAGCAGCGACAGAAAUAACUCAGAAGUAUUAGAAGAAUCAGCUCCAAAGAAUGUCAUUGUCAGUCACUGAAGGAAGCAAGCUAGCUUGUUGUCCUGGCAGACUUUUCAUCACUGGGGAGGCAGACAUCCCAGAACAUACUUCACCUGGAAACAGGCAAGCAGACCUAACACCAAAAGAAAGCAGAAGCUGAAACUGACUUCCUGAGGCAUCUAUAUUUUAUUUGUUUUCAAUUAACCAUUUAUGUACACAGGGAAUAUUUUCUUGUAGAGGAAACAAGGCCUUCUUGUACCUACACAGCCUAGAAUUACACUGAGGGGAAAAAAAACUUGUCUGUAAGAUUGAGUACAUAGAGCCUCGCAUGGAAAAUGCCACCCAGCCCCCUGCUUUCUAACCCAGGUGCUCAUUCAGGUUACAACCAGCAUCCUAACUAGGCCAGCUCCAGGUACCUGAAAAACUGUCUCUAGAACCCAGAGCUUUCCCAGAGCUUUGGUCGCCUUUGCUGGGCCUGACCACGUGGGAGGAGAUGGUGGAAGUUCACUGUGUUGCUGCCUGUGACAUGACAGCAGGCCGGUCCGACCCAGCCGAGCCCAGCAGUGCCUCGGCCAGGCCUGCCAUCGUCUACUUACACACCACAGCUUGCUUCACGACCAGCUUCUAGAUGGACGUUUUUAUACUAAAGACUAAAACACUGCUGUUUUAACUUGCAAAGUAAUUAUUUUUUUAAAAAAAGAAUAUACUUUGUACCUCUGUUCCCUUCUAAGAGAAUUGAUCAGCUUCAGUCAAUAAAGCUAUUUUUAAUAAUAAAG